AGAGAAAGAAAGCAAACAGAGUGUGAGAGAGAGGGAUUUGUUUUCAUUUUCCCGGAAAAUUUUCCAAGAAGGAAAAUAAGGGGAAAGGAAAACCAGAGACCUUCCUUCCUCCAUCUCUCACUUUCUUUCUCUCUCUCUUGCCUCACCCAAUUUUCAAUCUUUUUCCUCCUAUUCAGCUCUGGACCUUCAGAUUUCUAUUCCCUCUCUCCCUUUUCUUUUUUGUUUGUUUCGUUUCAUUGAAUGGUCUUCCUAAUCCUUCCUUCUUCCCAACUUGUCGUUAUUCAUCUAAUUUCCCCUUUUCCUCUUUCUGUUUGUCUCACGCGAUUUCCUCCACCGACUUCCGGCUGUUGCACAAUCGCGAUUCCCGUGGUCGGUUUCGGGCCGAUCUCUUGAUUCGGAGCGCACCGCCGCUCGAAUCCGCAUUGCGACUCCCCACUCGAUCUGUCUCGUUUGUGGGCAACUUGGGGGAAAUCUGGAUGCGCCCCCAAUUGGGAUUACUUUCCCGAGAAACCGAAGGGAAAACCCGUUUUCUUGGCUGGUAUGGGUUGCUGAGUUUCGGUUAAAAAAGGCUUCUUUUUGGUUGUUUGGUGUUCGUAGUUGAGGGGGUUUUCUGUGUGUCUAUAUGUUGGAUUGGGGAUGCAGCAGAUGGAGAGGGAGGGCGGGAAGGAAAUUAUGAUGAGUAAUUUUAAUCAUAGAUACAGUCAGUUUAGCAAUGAUUAUGAUAGGCAGCUGCAGCAGCAGAACGCUGAUGAUGAUUUAGGAGGAUUUGAUGAUUACGGUCACAAUUUUUUCAACAAUGUGAAUGGUAUAACUACUACUCCAUUCAAGCCCACCAGCGGCGGGGGCACUUCCACCAACUCCUCGCCGACGUCGUCGCCGGGCUCUCGUGGGUUCAUUGAGCACCCGGUUUCCAAGUUCGAUACCCUUGCCGGCGUUGCCAUCAAGUAUGGCGUUGAGGUGGCUGACAUAAAAAAGAAGAAUGGUCUGGUUACAGAUCAUCAAAUGUUUGCCCUGAAAACGCUCCGGAUUCCUCAUCCCGGGAGACACCCUCCAUCGCCAUGUUUGUCAAGUGGCGCUGACACCCCUGGGGGGAACAACUUGGACCACACGCCAUUCCAGCGUGGAUACACUGAUCUCCUCGAUUCAUUCCAAACUCUGAGGCCAAAAUCUUCUUCUGGACGAAAGGCCUCCCCUGCAAUGACUUCUUUACAGGGUUACUAUGGUAUUUCUUCUCCUGCUGAUCUCAGACUCUCUCCGGACACCAACCCUCCUUUAAACCAUCACCGGAAAUCCAGGAGCUAUGUCAAUGUUUUGCUUGAUGAGAACAAUGCUGCAGAUGGUGACUCCAUGGUAAGAAGACGGCAGAAAUCAGAAGCCGACUUCCCAAACAUGCUGAUGAGGGAAGAGAACGGUAAUGGUAGCGCUUCAGUAUCAGCAGGGAAAACUGGGGGAAAAGGGUUGGCUUUAAGACCCAAAUCAGCAAACCGGAGUGGUUUGAUAUCAGAACUCGAGGCGGCGGUAGCAUCAGCAGGCAGUUUGAGCCCUAAUAAACCAGCUGGUGCUGGAGGAGAUCCUGCUGAUGUUGCCGACCUGGUUGCGUCAGUGAGGAAGUCAUCGAGCACAUCAAGUUUGAACGAGACAGAUGGCAGUGGUGGUUCAUUCCCAUGGCCGACUCCAAAAUGGAACCUGAAGGCAGACCUGCAGGCGCUGUCGGCAGCAGCCAUAGCCAGGCCUAUCUUCGAUGGUUUGCCGAAACCCUUGAGUGGGUGGAGAAACAAAGCUGCUGUUGACUAGGGGUACAGCCAUUAUAUACAUGCUACUACUGCUUCUGAUGAUUGUCUUACUGCAGAAACGGAUCCAGAGUGUGGAAAAUUGUCCACUUUUUGAGGAGAGAGGGAGAGCCACACCUGGCGGGGAAGCGAUGGGAUUGAAUUGUAUUGAAGAGAUUUGAACUCUGAAUAUAUAGCUAGAUGAUCAAAAUAGGGAAAAGAAAGCAGAAUUCGCAAUUGGAAAUAACGUGUUGUAGGAUCAUGGUUAGGGUCUUAUUGGUUGAACAGGAGAAAAUGGUUCGAGUUACUUGUAAUCUUUGUAUAAUUUAUCGUUUCUUUACUUGAUACCAAUCUCUCUCAUAUGCCAAACUCGUGAGCUGGCCAGUUUCAUAUGGUAUUCCGUUGUUUACUGUCAGUUUCAAAUAUGUUGGAAUAGUUUUGGAAGAAAGCCAACCGUAGUCAAGGAGGAGAUCCUCCCCUAUGGACGCGUCUAGGAGUUGUAGCCUUUCUUCUUAAGUCAUGGCGCGGCUGGUUGGGUAGGUUGAGGCUGCUGCUGCUGCUGUGAAGGUGCUGCACACAAAGACGCAUAUUCAUGCUACUAUUGCUGCCAUUACUUCCACCGCCACCGCCGGGCUUACCCAAAUGGCUCAUUGUAAAGGACCAUUCUG